AUGACCGAGGCGUACUCAUACAGCGAACGAGGCACAACCUCCGACAAAAGCAAACAUAAAGCUGCCGAUAAUGCCGAAGCUUCCGACUGGCUAAUGGAGGCCACAGUUGACCUAAGCCAGGACCUAGAAACGUCGAAGAAGGAGCUAGAAAUUAUCAGAUUCAUAAUCCAGGAGAUGGAGCAGCGGUCGCGAACCGAUCAUCCCCAACCCAGCCCCGCGCGAGGAGGCAGAUUGGAGAUGAUGAAGGCAUGCCGGGAGUAUUCUAGUUCACGGUGUGAUCUAUUACGAGAACGGCUCCGUCAGGUCCAGUUCUGGGCUCAUACGAGUAUGUUGGGACAGCAGGUGCCCGAUAAGGCACCAGACGAGUGGCGUUUGGCGGAUGUAGCAUGGCGAAGGUGGCUGAGUGAACAAGCAAGUAGCCAUGUUGACAAGCCCGGUGGCGGCGCGCGGGCGUCGUCGUUCGAUCAAUGUCUCGACACCACGUUGGACGCAUCAAGCGAUGUAGCCUGGAGCGUCUGGGGCGUCUUGCCUUACAUUCUUAGCGCCGACAUCUGGUUCGGACGGUAA